GUGGGUGAGUACCGCUGAAUCAUCUCAUUCUUCCACAUCGUCGCCCCCAUGCCCAGUGGCAGCCACUUCCCCGAUUGGUGGGGGCAAGGGAAACAAGUGUGCUCUUCUCUCCUCCGCUGUCACAUGAAGCAACAACGUGGUGGUGGAACGAUGUGGAUGGACCAGCCCUGAGGUGCGGAAUUGACAAUUUGAUUAAAUCGACAGUUUUCCGGGGCUCAGAAUUUGGGAGAUGAAAAACAACACAAUGAUCGGUGCCCAUCAGUGAGUGGAUUCACUUGUUGUGUGCGCGUGUAUGUGUGCGUGCGUGUUGUGUGUGUGUGUUGUUUUACUGGAGACGCUUUAAAGUCCCUUCCACACGCGUGGGAUAGCACUGUAUUGGUCAGUGGUAAAAUGGCGGCGGCAUUGACUGUCGAACAGGAGCAAGCGACCAAGGAGUUUAUAGAGGCGGUAAACAAAUGUCGGGCUGGUAGACGAGCGAGUCCAGUGUCUUGGAGUACAGCAGUCAAGUUUCUAGCUGCUAGGAAAUUCGAGGUAUCAAGGGCAUUAGCACUUUAUGAGCAGCAUGAAGCUACUAGGCGUCGCGAGGGACUGGCGACACUUCAACCUACCCAGGAGCCACUUCUCAGUGAAUUGAAGACUGGAAAAUUUACCGUUUUGUCGUCGAGAGACGGUACAGGUGCGGCAAUUGCUAUUUUUACCGCCCACUUGCAUCUGCCACAGUACACAACGCAUCAAACGACUCUACAGGGUGUCGUCUACCAGUUGGAUGCAGCACUAGAGAGCGCCGAGACCCAGCGCCAUGGACUAGUCUUCAUCUAUGACAUGUCUGACAGCAAAUAUCAGAAUUUUGAUUACGAUCUGUCGCAGAAAAUUCUCACCCUGCUGAAGGGUGGCUAUCCGGCGAAACUGAAGAAAGUUCUCAUUGUCACUGCUCCACUGUGGUUCAAAGCGCCAUUCAAGAUACUGAGACUCUUUGUCAGGGAGAAAUUGAGGGAUCGGGUUUUUACAGUGUCAAUACCACAGUUGACACUACAUAUACCACGUGAAUCGUUGCCCAAACGAUUAGGUGGAACUUUGGAGAUACAGCAUGAAGCCUGGCUGUUACACUGUCUCAAGUCCAUGACGAAUCGCGGUGGUGGUGAAUUGUGCGAGGUUACCCCGCGAGUGGGUAGUCCUCUCUCCCCGACAUCGAAAUCACCGAAUCACCAGAAGGCAAACGACACCCCAACCACCCCGACGAGUCCCGUCUCCGAGAAAUUGAAGAUAAAGAAUGGUGGUGUCACAAUCGGUGACAUUGAGAUAACAAACGGCGACUGGAUUGCAAGCGAUGAAGCCCCCUCGCCCGUCCAGCCCCCGUCCUCAGCGAGCUCGGGUUUCAGUGACGAUGACAGCCUCCACGGUGAUCCAGGCCUCCAAGCCGUCACCAUGGAGCAGCUCAUCGAGACCAUUCACUCCCGGGGUCGGCCGGGUCUUGUAGCCGAGUACACGGAGAUUCGUCAGCGACCGCCGGACGGAUCCUUCAACAAUGCUAAACUCCGGCCGAAUCAGCCGAAAAAUCGUUACACAGACGUCCUCUGCUACGACCACUCCAGGGUCUGCUUGUCGCAGGUGGACGGGGAUCCAGCCUCCGACUACAUAAACGCCAAUUUCGUGGAUGGUUACAAGCAGAAGAACGCUUUCAUCAGCACCCAGGGACCCCUUCCCAAGACAUGCGGUGAUUUUUGGCGGAUGGUGUGGGAGCAGCAGACCCUGGUGGUUGUUAUGACCACCAGAGUGGUCGAGAGAGGGAGGACAAAGUGCGCGCAGUACUGGGGGCCCGAGCCUGGGGAUGAGGUAUCAGCUGGGGGCUUCACAGUGACAACCCUCGAAGUGGACACAAAUCCCGAUUACACGAUAUCCAUGCUCCUCCUCAUCAACAAUAAGACUGAAGAGUCCAGGGAGGUCUGUCACAUGCUGUACACAGCGUGGCCUGACUACGGUGUUCCCCAGUCAGCCAGGGCUCUCCUCCAGUUUCUCUCCCUCGUCAGACAACAGCAGAACAAAUUACUGGCCAGUAGGGGGGACACCUGGGCGGGACAUCCCAGGGGACCACCAAUAGUCGUUCACUGCAGUGCUGGUAUUGGGAGGACAGGGACAUUCUGCACUCUCGAUAUCUGCAUUUCGAGGCUUGAGGACACUGGCACUGUCGAUAUCAGGGGCACUGUUGAGAAAAUACGCGCACAACGUGCCUACAGUAUUCAAAUGCCGGAUCAGUAUGUUUUUUGUCAUCGGGCACUGGCGGAGUACGCCUUGUCGAGGGGAAUGCUCAGUCAACAGCAUCUUGCCAUGCUACCGCCGACAAUCGAAGAGGAUUCUGAUUAGGAUUUUUACCAAAUUAGGGGAGUUAUCAGCCUGUGAGGAGAAAAUCCUGUUACGAAGAACGGGAAAGUUGAUUAAAUUCUGUUAUAAAAAAUGAAUUAAUUGAAAUUAUCCUGCCAUUAAAAUCGAUUCGCCAAUUCUUGAAUCACAAAUCAGACUGACAAAUUCAAUAAAUCAGGAGUGAACAAUCUUCCUUCUGUAAGCGUUACAGUGUUUCCAUUAUAGAAUAUUGAAGACGCUUCCAAUCGGUUAAAGAAACUUCAUGUUCCUUCACUGCAAUAAUUGAAUUCAAUAAAAAUCCCCAAAACUUUGAAGACAAAAAAAAUGAACGUUUUUUACCAAAACGUUAUUUUCUUAAUAUUAACAGCUUCUCAAGCCCAUAAUAGAAUUAUUGAGAUCGGUGUAAGAUAAUAGAAACAAACUCUACUUAGUUUUUGCAUCUCUGUAUAAAAAAAUUACGAAAACUGAAAAAAAAAUUUACUUGAGGGCGAAUGUGAAAAUGUGAAAUUCUUUGUUGAGCUUUGAGGUAAUUUGAGAUCUUGUUAGUGUCUGACAGAGACUUUUUCUGACACCUGUGAUUCCAGUACAUCAGCUAAACCUGAAGCAAUGAAUCUAAACACUAAUGUUAGGAGAGAACUGGGGGAGAGAGAAGAGGGAAUAUUUUUCAAAAACACGGGGGUUUCAAUAUAUUUUGCACCGUUGGCUAAUCAUUUGCGUUCUUCCGGCGUGUGCAGGAGUGAAUGGGAAAUGAAAAUGAAUGUAGUGUCAUUAAAUGGAAUAAUACGUAUGAGAAAAUUCAAUAGAUUUUGAUUUUUCGAUUUUUUGUGGAAAUUAUUGGGCAUGAAUUUUCAAAGUAUUUUCAAGAAAGAAAAUAACUAAACAAAAUUGAGACCCAAGAAUUUCUGUAAAAGGAGUCUGGAGGAAAUGGGGAAAAUAAAAAUCUAUUGAUUUCCUUUCGUGCGAGCAAAAUGUGUACAUCUGCAAUCUCAUGUAUUGAGUAUUUAUAUAUCCGUUAUGAAUUCGUAAACUCGAUGUGAAAUUUUUCAACUUCAUCCCUGCAGAAUUGAAUUAAAAGGAUUUUUUAUUAAAAAACAUCCAAUGAAAAAUUUUCUCACGUAAAAAGUCAAGUGAGCGAGGAAUAAUCCACGAAAGUGGAGUGAAAUGUACAGAAUGUAUGACGAUGGAAAUUCAUUCGUGAGGAUAUGAAGAAAAUCUAUUGAUUUUAAAAAAUCCAAUCUAGAAAAAUAAAAAUUUAUUGACUUUUUUCGUACGAAAAAACUGUGAAUACAUCUGCAAUGUCAUGUAUUAAGUAUUUAUAUAUCCGUUAUGAAUUCGUAAACUCGAUGUGAAAUUUUUCAACUUCAUCCCUGCAGAAUUUAAUUAAAAGGAUUUUUUAUUAAAAAAAUAUCCAGUAAAAAAAGUCAAGUGAGGGAGGAAUAAUCCACGAAAAUGGAGUGGAAUGUACAGAAUGUAUGACGAAUUUCAUUUGUGAGAAUAUUUUUCUUCAUUCUAUACGAAUAUAAACCUUUCGUUCACCGAACGAAAGUCCCAAGGGCAUAAUUUAUUCAUUAAUCAAUCAAUUGACAAGAGUGGAGCGUUUUGCAGAAUAUGGAAGUGCAAUUUGAUGAAGAAUUUUCAAUCGAAAAUUUCGGUGACGAAUUUCACUUCAGCCUGCACGAGACUGAAAAUUCAAUAGAGAAGCUAGUGCUUAAAACCGAUAAAAAGGUGAAAUUUGACUGCGGAAUUCGAUAAUUCUGUUGAGUUUUAGCUACUUCCGAAUCAGAAUCGUUCGGCAGAAUAAAGUUCAUGGGAUUAUGGCUGGAAUUUUCUAUUGAAUUGAUCGAUACGUGAUAGAACCACUCUACAUAAUCCUUACGUAAUCCAUCGAUUUAUUUAUUGUAAAUUUGUCUAAGUUAGAAUCAAAUCGCUUGAACAAUAAUUUCUUCUCCAACGUUUUCACAACAAUCCGUGAUCAGUAUUCAACCCAUUUUUUAAUCCUAAUAUUUCGAUAAUCACGUGCAUGGAAAAAAAAUUAAAUAUAAAAUCCUAGGGAUUUCUUUGAACUUCUAUUAUUUGUCGUCAAUUUUUACUAAAAAUUCCCCAUUUUUUCGUGCAGUUUCCAUAAUAAAAAAAUCAAUAGAUUUCGAUUCCAUUUCGAUUUCCUUUUAUUUAUACAAAAAUCGAAAUCUAUUGAAUAAAAUUUCUGUCCCUAAGUUUUUCAUUUUUUUCCCCGUCGAAAUCGACAAAAAAAUUGAGUGAAUUUUCAAACAAAUGCUCUAGGUUUUUUUCCCUGAAUUUUUUCACACGUGUAAUUCUCUCAAUAAAUGUGAAAUUGAUAUGGACGAUAACUCGAAUAAUUCCAUUUCACUACUGUCAUUAUUUUAUUAAUGUAUGUUUGUAACUGAAUUGUCCUACGAUAUUAAUUAUACAGUGUAAGUACUAUCGUCGCUGUUAUUUUGUUCAAAUCGAGAAGUGAAUGGAGAAUGACAAAUCCUGCGUAGAACGAAAUGACGAGUCCAUCAGAGAAACGAUGAACAAUGCUAAAUUUUUUUCUCACUCUUUUCGGGGAACAUUUGAAGAUCAAAAACGAGGAAGAAAUGGGAAGUUGUGAAUUUUUAGACCUUCUUUUUUACAUUUAAAUUAAGAAAGCCACAAAAUUGAUGCAUAAAAGAUGAAUGAGAACAUGGACAAAUUGUAACUGUUCAGAUGAUGUGUGGAAAAUGUUUGUGAAGAGUGAAAUAAUGGAUAAAAAUUGUAUAUACCAUGACCUCGAAUAGCUAAUGGCACAUAUUGUAUCUCUAAUAAUUAUUUAAUAUAUUGCAGAUAUAAAUGGA